UGGAGGAGGAUUAAUCCAAAGUAAAUGAGAGGGAAAAGUGGAACUUUACGUGGGAGGUUUAAAAAAUUAGAAGAGCCUAACUAUAGGAGCAGACGUUUUAAAUGGGAGCAUACAUGUUUGUCAAACUAUAGAAAACAAUGCGUUCUCCUCAAACAUUGGUGUCUGAUCAAUUAGACUUGAUGUCAUUAAAUAUCGGGGAAUAUAAAUGUAUGAUUAAAAUCGACUUGCAUGAUUAGAGAAACAUUACACACUGAUCUUCAUAUGUAUAAGUUCAUUAGCAAAAUAAUUUCUUCUCACACUGAACAAUCACUCGCACUCUAAAGAGAAAAUGGAUCGCACCCUGGCAUCCCCUGAGAGGGUUCAAAUGCACUUUGUAUUAACUGCUUGGGAAUGAUAAGUUAUGACAUUCACUCAUGCUUCAAUUGUUGCUGACAAACGGGCAUUUACAGCUGUGGCAGUGCCGGCCAUUAUGCAACUAUUCAAAUAAUGACAGUGUACGACAAUACAAUUAAGCAUCUCUUUAAUUGGGGAGUAUAUCACUUAGUGCAAUCAAGUGUUUGUUUGUUUUUCUGCGUGUGGGAAAUGUCUGACAUAAAAAGUCUUAUCUUCUUGCAAACAGCUCUAUUUUUACUGACGUCCAUUAAUAGUCCCACGUGAGCAGCAAGUUAGUGCUUUAUAUUUAGACCGCGAGGAGCAUGGGCGUUUGCGUCAGUGGAAUCCCGUGAAUGCGUCACUCAUAUGACGUCUGUGGCGAUUGCCACAUGAUUGGCUGUGAACCGGAAACUAGCCCUCCUCUCCUACCACCGUUUUAGGCACGGUCCCGCCUUGUAGUCUCCCCAGCGUGAUAAAACAAGCAGCACAUGGAGCGUCCCGCGUGGAUCUGAACUGAUGCGUGUGUGCGUGAGUGUGCGCGCGCGCGCUUGUGUGAGUGGGCGUGUGCAUCAGCGGGGCCUGUAAAGUUGAUCUUUGGAAUACAUGACCAACAUCAGAAUUUGGAUAUUUACGUGAAUCAGCGAUGCCCUGUGUACAAACACAGCACGUAUCCCUGACCCAUGACACCCACUUUGGCUCUGACCUCUUAAACCCUGACCCGGGCGCCAAGUUGGCGAUGGACAUCGGUAGCCAGAAGGAGCAGCUGUCCACGUCGUUGUUACCCAGCAUCAAUACCUUAGUGGGAAGCGGCUACGUAGGGGAGUUUGAUGCUUUUUCCUGCAAGAUUCCCGCCUCGGCUUCCACGUCUACACUAUCGUUCGGCCAGAGUUCAGUCGCUGGAAGUUUGGACUGCCAAAUGCAGAACCAAGCCUAUAAACUGGAUGACCUCCAAGUGUAUGGCUGUUACCCAGGCUCAUUUACACUCAGUUGCAUCGAUGAGACUCUGUCGUCCUGCGGCUCUGACUACUACGGCAGUCCAGGCUAUCCUGCCGCUUCCCCCCCAGCAACGGGCUUUCAGACACUCUGUGCACCUCUAUGGGAUUCCACUUUUAGCACCUACAACUCAGCACCUCAAGCUGAUAAACAGUUUUUCCCCUUCAGCCCCGCACCGGAGCAGCACUCUCCCGUGGUGCCCCACCAGGAUGCUCCAUUCGGUCAGGACGAGGCUUUUUUCAUGUCUUCUCAGCAACAAGUGUCUUCGCUCCUUUGCCCCGUCAUGUCUAUAGAGCACGGCGCCAGGCUCGUGGAGGGCUCUGCCAAAAUCCACAACCCGGCUCUGAGCGAGGGCCGCUGUGCCGUGUGUGGAGACAAUGCAUCCUGUCAGCACUACGGAGUCCGUACUUGUGAAGGCUGCAAAGGUUUCUUCAAACGAACUGUGCAGAAAAAUGCAAAAUAUGUUUGCUUGGCUAACAAAGACUGCCCAGUGGACAAGAGGAGGAGGAACCGCUGUCAGUUCUGCCGUUUCCAAAAAUGCCUUACAGUGGGAAUGGUUAAAGAAGUUGUCCGGACAGACAGCCUGAAAGGUCGCCGAGGGCGUCUGCCAUCCAAGCCCAAGACGGUAGCCGAGGCUUCCUCCACCACCCCCAGUGUCAACAUCAUUUCCUUGCUUGUACGUGCACAUUUAGAUUCCAACCCGAGUAUCGGCAAGCUUGACUACUCCAAAUACCAGGAAACCGUGGACAAGGUAUCGGAGAAGGAGGAUGCUGGUGACAUCCAGCAGUUCUAUGACCUACUAACCGGCUCAUUGGAGGUCAUAAAAACCUGGGCUGCAACCAUCCCGGCAUUCUCUGACUUUUGCACAGAGGACCAGCAGCUACUUCUUGAGUCUGCCUUUGUUGAGUUGUUCAUCCUACGCCUGGCAUACAGAUCCAAUCCAGAAAAGCACAAACUGAUCUUCUGUAACGGCGUGGUCCUCCACCGACUGCAGUGCGUUCGUAGUUUUGGGGACUGGAUCGACUCCAUCAUGGAUUUCUCCCAGAGCCUUCACCGAAUGAACUUAGACGUCUCUCUGUUUGCGUGCCUUUCCGCCCUCGUCAUCAUCACCGAUCGGCACGGCCUCAAAGAACCCAAACGUGUUGAAGACUUCCAGACCAACCUCAUCUCAUCUUUAAGGGCGCACGUGAGUGGAAACCGAUCGGAAGUGAGCCGAACCCAACCCGGUUAUCUCUCUCGGCUUCUGGGUAAGCUCCCGGAUCUCAGGACUCUUUGCACACAGGGCCUGCAGCGCAUCUUCUACCUAAAACUGGAGAACCUUGUCCCCCCUCCACCUAUUGUGGAGAAAAUCUUUAUGGAUAUCCUCCCAUUCUGAAUCCAAAUGAACUCCUAAGGAGAUGGGAACGCACCUUAUAUGAUUUUUGUUCUUUUGCUGGUGCUAAAAAGCACUUUACCUGUCAACUAAUAUAUGGGACCUUAUCUAGAGCAGCGAGCUUUAAAGAUGCAUGCAGAAUCUUUUUGGAACCGUAAUGGUGUAAUAUAGCAACCAAGCACUCUGGAGAAACAAUGUCCGGUGUGAGACGUCUUCAUGGCUGUGUUUGGGUAGUACGAAGAGAGCUGAACUGAUAUGAGUGCUCAUAUAUUUUGUGUGCAUAUAAAAAGACUUUAUUGCUGUGCUAUAUGCGUAAAUGUUGCCAUGCUAUGCAACUCAAAACAAUGUUAGCAUUGCAGUGUCAGUGAUGGUAGCUAAAAGCCAAGACAGAAUUUGCUCAAGAGGUUUCUUGAUCUGUUGGUUCCACUCAAAAAAGAAACACAACCAGAUUAACCUGUUACAGAAUCAAGAGAGACACAGAACAAUGGUUGCAGAAAUGUUCUUUCACCUCUUUUGAGAAAACAGUAACAAUCCUUAUAGCCUUAAAUGAAAGAAAAUGUUUGGUCAUUACUUUCUUGUUGCUGUUUCUAACAUCUUUUAAAAGUCUACACGCAAUGAGUCGUGAGGGGGAAAAAAGUGCCUUUGCAAGAACUCCUUAACUCCUUCCCAUAAGCUGAUGUGACCCAAUGUCAGUGUCAUUCCUACGAUGACAAAUUUGAAUUUAGCCAUCACUAUAAAAGCUUUUGACAAAAAAAGUGCCUCAAGUAUAUGAAAGUAAGGAGGGGUGCUUUACAGUGUUGUGGUUCACAAAUGAAUUUGUGCGUGAUUCAAAAGACUUACAAUUUGAAUGUGAGGAUCAUGCAUGGUCAAAUAUUUCUUUUUUUUUUUUUGAAAUCGUUGCUCCUGAAACUGCUCAAAUCAAUGCUUAUCUGCAUGUUUGUGUCUGAUUAAUGUCUUUCACACCAUUCUGUUAUGUGGUCCUUUCUUAUUAUUUGACCAUGCAAAUACCUUGAAAAAUGUCCCGAGAUGUUGGGAGAAAACUGUGGACAGCUGAGAUCUUUAUAAAUAAUGCUCAAGCCGAUACAAUACACUUGCUUCUACAUUCACAGAGAAAAGUGAUUUUCAUGAUGCAAAAGUAUUCAGACGGAGUAGAUUUUAUAAUAAAUUCUGAAAAUGUG